AUGAAAGCCUGUAUUAUAUCCCGUUUUCCCAAUUGUGAAUUCAUUUUACACCAAUGCUUCAAAGUCAAGCUGCGGACAAUUCUUGCCUCUGCAACUACAGAUCCAGUUGAAUCUGUCGAUAAGACCUCUGAAAACGAAGUCUCAAGUAAAAAAUCAGAUACAGUCGCUGAAAUCCAAGCGCAAGAAUCUCUUGCAGAAACAGCGAAGGAGGCUGAAACAUGCGUGCUCUUUGCUGCUGACUUGCGAACUGUUCGCGAGAGUCUCAACAAGAUCACUGAAUAUGCUAAACGUCUUCAGGAGUCCCUCCAGUACCUCCCCGUCCCGAUUGCAGAACAAGAACUAACUAGAAACACGCUUUUGAACUUGAGCGAGAUUGUCCUCGAUUCUUCCAUUAUACCUCUGACUGGACAAAGACGCAGACGGCUACGAGAGCUUAUCCUAAAGACGACGAAGAAUUUGGAGACCAUUGCCAAGUUAAACUACGAUUUUUGCCAGCAAUUGGAGAACAUUUCAUUGUACUUUAUGCAGCAAAUAUAG